ACCCCCUAUUUUCGUGCGCGAUCCUUUCUGGGGCGUAUUGCCGAACUUACGCGUGUUCGCGUUCUCAGACGGUAACUGGACUGAGCACCCCGAUCUUGUGCGUGCGUGUGUGCAGGGGUCAUCGCCGUUGAGCCUUCAUACGACCUGCGGAGGCAGCAGCACAGUGACCACAAGCCAUGGAUCACACAGACGGAAGUGGAAGCAACAAACGGGAGUCGACUGAUGACGGGCGAGCUGAUGGUGAGGCUCCGAGCAAGCGUCCAAGGAACACUGGCGGAGGCCGUGCUGUUGAUGUGCGCUUUCUGCUCCAGAGCAGAAAUGCCGGUGCCAUCAUUGGCAAAGGUGGUUCCAACAUCAACAGCCUGAGGAAAGAGUUCAAAGCAAGCAUAUCCGUGCCAGACUGCCCCGGCCCAGAACGGAUCCUUUCCAUCGUGGCUGACCUGGACACUCUCGGAGAAAUUCUGCUCAACAUCAUUCCCAAGUUGGACGACCGUUCCAUGCAGUUUGCUCAACACACCGGCCAGAAUGGAGGGUCGGAAAGCGAAAUGCGCCUGCUCAUGCAUCAGAGCCAUGCCGGCUGCAUUAUCGGUCGCGCAGGAUGCCGCAUCAAGGAACUUCGUGAGUCCACAGGUGCCAACAUCAAAGUCCAUGGCAGCUGCUGUCCUGGAUCCACCGAGCGCAUCGUCAAAGUCACUGGCUCACCUUCAGUGGUGGUGGAUUGCAUCAAGCAGAUAUGCGACAUCGUUGGAGUGGCUCCUAUCAAGGGUCUGAACAAGCCGUAUGACCCCCACAACUUUGACCCUGAGUUUGCCCAGGAGUAUGGUGGCUUUCCUGAGGGAGCCACAGGUGGGGCCUCUGGAGGUGGUGGAUCACUUUCUGGGAUGUCCGUGGGUCCAACUCGCGGCAGCAGCAGCAGCAGAAGUGGUGGCAGUAUGUCCUUCUGGCGUGAUGAGCCUGUGGACGCCUUUGCCCGAGGAGGCAGAGGCCCCAAGCGCGGACCUUGGGGGGAGGCUAGCCCACAGCUUCCUCCUCACGCCUUCGCGGACGAGCCAACGCGCCCCUGGCACUCGCCGCCAUCGCUUAGCUCUGGUGGCAUGCACAGGGACCUGCAGCGCUCGUACCGGGGAGGAGGAGGCAUGCCAAGGACUGGCAACUACGGCAGGGGAAACUACAAUGGUGAUUCGUUAUUGUGCAUUCUUAUGACCUGA